AUGGCGAGCGAAAAGAACUACACUGAAGAGGUUACGACUGCGAACCCUCUCUCCCAUACUCACACCGCAAGCAGCCAUGGACUUCACCACGACCACAUUGCCCAGGAGGCUCUCGGAGGUCAUACAGCAGACCUGGGCAAAUCAUAUUUCAGGAGCAUGAAUUUUAUCGGCACUGUUAUCGCAACGUGUCUAGCACAGAUAUCUGGAUACCUUGGAUGGGUCCUGCCUGCAAACACCCUCUCCCUCAUCAAUGCUGCCAUUGGCCCCUCUACAAACAUAAUCUGGGUCGGCAUCUCCUGGACAGCAGGCUUUGCCAUCGGCUUCACCCUCGUUGGUCGCUUAUCUGAUAUCUUCGGACGAAGAUGGUUUUUCAUUGCCGCGUCAAUUCUCGGGCUUAUUGGAAACAUAAUUGGAGCGAGUGCACAGAGCAUCAACAUGCUGAUUGCUACAAAUUCCAUCAAUGGUCUUGCCGCAGCCGGCCAACUUUCGUUUCACAUUAUCCUGGGCGAGCUCGUCCCCAACUCCCUGAGAGGUCCCGUAAAUGCCUUUGUGCUGUCUACCUCAGUCCCUUUCGCUGUUUUCGGGCCUCCCGUCGCACGAUCUCUAUAUCAGACUACUGCGUUGCAGUGGCGUUGGUGUUACAUUUUGGGCUGCAUUGUCAAUACUUUCGCCAUUACCUUAUAUUUCUUCUUCUAUCACCCUCCAACAUAUGAAAUGCUUCACGUCGGUGGUAAAUCCAAACUAAAGCAGCUUAAGACUCUGGACUGGUUAGGCAUCUUCCUCUUCUCGACUGGUCUUGUCGUAUUUUUGAUCGGCUUGAACUGGGGUGGCUCCGCGUAUCCCUGGAAGAGCGGACAUGUGCUUGGAGCCUUGAUCGGUGGUUUCGCAACCUUGGUUAUCUUCUGUUUCUGGGAGGCUUAUUCCGGACUCGAAUACCCCCUCAUUCCCAUGCGACUCUUCAAAAACAUCGCGUACGAUGCCAACGUCGCUUGUGCUAGCUUGGCUGCCAUUGUUUACUACGCCAACUCCAUCAUUUGGCCGACCAUGGUCAGCUCGCUUUUCACGACCAAUAUUACCGAGAUCGGCUGGCUCUCAUGCGCUGUCGGUGGUGGUCUCCUUCUUGGCCAAAUCCUCGGUGGCGCCGGCGUUCGAUUCCUUCCUAAGAUGAAGUAUCAAAUGACCGUCGCAGGCAUCCUUACCACAGCUUUUGUCGCUGCUGUCGCUGCAUCGACCCCUAACACUAGGAAUCAAACCACCGCGCUCCUAUUGCUUGGCACGAUUGCAGCAGGAUACAUCGAGAACCUCACUCUCUCCUCGACGGCCUACCUUUGGGAUCCUGCGGAUAUGGGUCUCGUAACCGGUGUGAUGGGUGCUAUCCGUACCGGCCUAUCCGCCAUCGCAACCAGCAUGUACUCGUCCAUCCUCUCCACCGAAGCCGCCAAAUAUAUUCCCCAGAAGGUCAUGCCGGCUGCGCUCGCGGCUGGACUACCCGCAGCAUCUCUCCCUGCCCUUUUCACGGGUAUCACACUCAGAAACUUUACCAGUGUGCCUGAUAUCUCUCCCGAGAUCAUUGCGACCACAAGCGAUGCAGUCAAAGAGGCGUAUUCUCUGGCUUUUAGGACUGUGUACCUUUGCACUCUUCCCUUUGGAGUACUUCUUAUCAUCGCUGCCAUGUUCUCACCCAAUGUAGAGCAAUACCUUACAGAUGAAGUAGCUAGGAAGAUGCAUGGGAAGAGCGAGAAGACGGAGGUGACGCGAAAGGAGGUUGUCGAAGAUGUAUAA